AUGUUCCCCCGGUUUCAACGGCCACGGCUCGACUUUGGCAAUGUGGAGAAUAUUAUUCCCGACCCCGCACCCACCACUGCCGCCACGUCCACUGCGUCCGAGCUCUCCCAAUUAGACUACAUCCGCAAGUUCAUCUCCGACCAGAUCGUCUUCCCGGAGGAGGGCGUCUCCCGCCCAUUCGACCACAACGAUCUGGAUGAGAUAUCUUUCCUCGGACGGGGUACUUUUGGAUACGUCAGCAAGAUGAGCUACAGAAGAACAGGCCGGAUUAUGGCUGUUAAGAAAGUCCGCCUCAUCACCAACCAGGCCAACGAGCCGGAGAUGAACAAAUCCCUGCAGCGUCUUCGAAUCGAAGUAGAAGCCAUCAAGAAGGCCAGCAAAUGCGAUCAGAUUGUGCAGUUCUACGGUGUGACUUUUCAUGAGGGCGACUGCUGGGUUUGUAUGGAAAUCAUGGACUGCAACCUCGACGCCGUCUACCGGGCCCAACACGAGCGGUUGAAGGUCGAGAAGUUUGAUGAAGACGUUGUUGGAUCGGUUGCUGUGUCGACCAUCAAAGCCCUGGACCACCUGAAGAACGAAGUCAACAUCAUCCAUAGAGAUGUCAAACCCUCAAACAUCCUACUCGACAAGCGCGGCCUCAUCAAGCUGUGCGAUUUUGGGAUUUCCGGAUAUUUGGUUGAUUCCAUCGCGCAGACGAUGGAUGCUGGUUGUCGACCGUAUAUGGCGCCUGAGCGUAUCAGCUUCCUGCGCAAGGGGUACGACAUCCGAUCUGAUGUUUGGAGCCUUGGCAUCACCUUGGUCGAAAUCGCCACCGGAAAAUUCCCAUUCCCGAACUUCCAAUCCGUUCCCCUCUUCCAACAACUUGCGAUGGUCGUAAAUGGCGACCCACCUCUUCUGACCAGCUCGAUGUACUCCGCCCAGACGAUCAACUUUGUCAAUGGAUGCCUGAUCAAAGACGUCGAGCACCGCCCAAACUUCUCGCAGUUGAUGGACACGGAGUACUACAAGUACUAUUCGGACCUGCCCCGAUUCAAGCACCGCGUCGUCGACUACGUCAAGAUGACACUCAUUGCGGAGGAGCAGGCGGCACGCCAGGAG